AUGAUUCAAGGAGGGAAACCGCCCAAGAACAGUAGUGAUAAUAGUGACGAGUGCUACUGGGGUGGCUCCUUUCGAGAUGAAUUUGAUGAUCGACUCAAACAUACUGCACCUGGGAUACUCUCCAUGGCGAACGCCGGCCAGCACACUAACAAGCGACAAUUCUUUUUCACAUUUGCACCUUGCGAACACCUUGACAAGAAACAUUCCAUAUUUGGGGUUGUCAUUAAGGGGUUGGACGCACUCAAAGAGUUGGAAAAGAUACCCACGGACAAGAAGGAUCGACCAAUGAAAGAAAUCACUAUUGCGGAUACGAUAGUGGUGGACAAUCCAGUCGAAGAGGCAGAAGAGAUGGAACGAAAACGAAUUGAAGCCAAGCAAAAAGCUGCCGGCAAGGCAGCAGCACAACAGGAAAGCGCUUCCGCUGGGGCAGCCAAGCCAUUGCGCCAAGGCAAAAACGAAACGAUUGGACGUAUUGCCCAAGACGGCGGAUACCAAAAAUGA